GAAGCAGUCCCCCGAAGCUCUUGCAGGUUCUCAGAUAGACGAGAAAUUUCGGAGGAGGUCGGAAAGGGAGUUGGCGUUGAGAUCACCAGAUGGCGAGCGCAGAUGCGGAGGCGGUUGACUUCGAGCCCGAGGAGGAUGACCUCAUGGACGAGGAUGCUGGAGGUGACGCAUCUCCUCACGCCCCGCCGCCCAAGCUCAAAUCCGCCAUCACAGGUGGUGCUUCCGGUCCCAAGAAGACCAAAGGUCGUGGAUUCCGUGAGGAUGACGCUGACCGCCAGAGCCGCCUUGCCUCCCGUGAUUUCGAGUCACUUGGUUCAGAUGGUGGCCCCGGACCCCAGCGAUCUAUUGAAGGAUGGAUCAUUCUGGCCACUGGUGUACAUGAGGAAGCACAAGAGGAUGAUUUGCACAAUGCGUUUGGCGAGUUUGGAGAGAUCAAGAAUUUGCAUUUGAACCUGGAUCGCCGUACUGGAUUUGUUAAGGGGUAUGCAUUGAUUGAAUACGAAAAAUUUGAAGAGGCAAAGAAUGCCAUAUCUGCAAUGGAUGGAUCUGAACUUCUUACACAGACUAUCAAUGUUGAUUGGGCUUUUAGCAAUGGACCAAUUGGAGGCUUCAAAAGGAAGAAUGCAAGAUCUGGACGGACACAUCGUUCUAGGAGUCCUAGGAGGAGAUACUAAUGCACUGUUGUGUAGUAUUGUGAGGGUGGUUUGUCAACAAUUAGUUUGGGUAUCAUACUUUUCACAAGAGGUUUCAAGAUUUGUUGCGUAUGAUGAUCUGCUGGACCUUUUUUCUUCUGUACCUAUUUGCUUGACUGCUUCGCUUGUUUCUGGAAUAGUGUCUUAACACCUGAUGCGUCUCCUUAGUUUUGAAGUUUAGUUUCUGCUUAUUGGAUUACUUUGAAUGUCCUUUAACUAGUGUUAUUAUCCUCACAUUAUGAAGAUUCUAGUUUGACAACAAUCUUUCAGUUUUGUUUCUCAUUGUAAAAAUAUCUCUAUGAUAUUAUUUAUGUGAACAAGUGUAGUGCAGUGUGGACUAUAUUGGACUGCACUACAUUAAGCAUUUGAUAAGGUCAAAAGCCUUCUUCCUAUCUAAUGAUUCUUGUUUUACAAUACAGUACAGUCUUAUUU